AUGAACAACACAGAACACGUAGAUGAUGACGAUGAUGAUGAUGAUGAUGAUUUGAAAGAGACAGAGAGAGAGAGAGAGAUGGGUGGUAGUGAGCUUUCUUUGAGGUUGGGAGGAGAGUCAUGGAGAAGAAUGGAGAGGAAUUUGAAUGAAGCAAUCUCCAAGAGCAUAGUAGGAAGAUACUUCAAGCUUGAGACUAGAAAGAGUUGCUUCACAAGGGAAGUACGAGCAGGAGCUGCUACCUUCCUCACCAUGGCCUACAUCAUCACCGUUAACGCCACAAUAUUGUCCGACUCCGGCGGCACCUGUUCCAUCUCCGAUUGCACCGGCAAGCCAACUCCAGAAUGUAAGCUUCAACCAAAUGAAGGUUACCAGAACUGCCUCUCCAAAACCACAAGUGACCUCAUUGCAGCCACAACUUUGUCUUCUAUGGUGGGUUGUUUUGCAAUGGGCCUACUGGCCAAUUUACCAUUUGGCCUGGCCCCAGGUAUGGGUGUCAAUGCUUACUUUGCCUAUAAUUUAGUGGGCUUUCAUGGAUCUGGGCCCUUAACAUACCAGACGGCAUUGGCCGUCGUCUUGCUCGAAGGUUGUAUCUUUCUUGCAAUAGCAGCACUUGGUUUACGUGCAAAGCUUGCCCGUCUCAUCCCUCGCUCAAUUCGGCUUGCUGGUGCUGCGGGUAUUGGGCUUUUCAUUGCUUUUACAGGUCUACAGGCUCAUGAAGGACUGGGCCUUGUUGGUCCGAGUUCUUCCACCUUGGUGACCCUUACAGCUUGUGCCACGACGAACCCGGUGACGGGUGAGUGUUUGGGGGGUAAGAUGCAGAGCCCUAGGUUUUGGCUUGGAGCAGUUGGGUUCCUCAUUAUAUCUUAUGGGCUCAUGAAGGAAAUCAAAGGUAGCAUGAUUUAUGGGAUUCUGUUUGUGACAUUUAUUUCAUGGAUUAGGGGCACUGGUGUCACAUACUUUCCUUAUACACCUCUUGGUGACACUAACUACAACUAUUUCAAGAAGAUUGUAGAUUUCCACAAGUUUAAAUCCACUGCUGGGGCCAUUGGCUUUAAUGACUUCAACAGGAGUGAGGUUUGGUUAGCCUUGGUGACAUUACUCUAUGUGGAUGUGCUAUCCACAACAGGAACACUCUACUCCAUGGCUGAACUUGGAGGAUUUAUAGAUGAAAAUGGUUCUUUUGAAGGCGAAUAUCUUGCUUACAUGGUUGAUGCCAGCUCUACAAUAGUGGGGUCGACACUCGGGACAUCCACGAUCGCGACAUAUGUCGAAUCAUCGGCUGGGAUCAGAGAAGGGGGUCGGACAGGAUUAACGGCUGUGAUUGUUGGGUUCUUCUUCUUCUUGUCACUUUUUUUUGCCCCUCUUUUUGCAAGUGUGCCUCCGUGGGCUGUUGGGCCUUCUCUAGUUAUGGUUGGAGUGAUGAUGAUGGGUGUAGCGAAAGAUAUAGAGUGGGCCAAGAUCAAAGAAGGUGUACCUGCUUUUGUUACAAUGUUACUCAUGCCACUAACUUAUUCUAUAUCAUAUGGGAUUAUCGCAGGGAUCGGGCUCCACGUGACUCUUAACCUCUAUGAUUAUAUGAUGGAUUUGAUACGAUGGUUGAUGAAGAUGAGGAAGGUGGUGGGAGGAGUUCAAAAUCAAGUCUCUGCAACCGCUGGUGCUGAUCCAACGGCUGAAGUUCCUGUAUAAAUCCAUUCACGCCAGUAGCUGGCAUCUAUAUGUAAUUUUUUAGCUUAUAUAUAUGUAGGACCUAGUUUUUGUUAACCCAUGGUGAAGAGAGAAUCUUUUCAUCCACGGA